AGGAGAGAAAGAGAGAGAGAGAGAGCAGACAGUUUUUGACUCACUGCUUUAAGUUUAUAGGCAGACGUUCUUGGCUUGGACGCCGCGCUCAUGUCAGGAUUAGGAGCCGGGGACGCGGGAUACACCGGCGAUCUGCAGGUCCUAAUUGACCGACCCGAGCCAGAUUUUCUCCCUGGUCAGCUGUGACAACCUCAUCACGCCGUCGUCCAAGGCUGACCCGAGAACCGUCCUCUCCCAACAUGCGUCUCCUCGCCUCAUUGUGCCUCUUGCUGCUCAUCCGGUUUUCCGAGCCCCGCAGAGGUCCGCGAUCCGGCAUCGCUGAGUGGGGUCGCACGCGGGGAAGGGGAAGGCCCGGCAUCAUGAAGCGCCAAACUCAGCAGUGCAAGGAGUACAUAGAAGCGGGAGAGAAGUACCUGGACUGCCAGGACAGGCAGUUGACGACCGUCAUGCAAGACUGGCCCAAAGAUAUCCACCACCUGCUGCUGGCCAGGAAUAAAAUCCAGGUUCUGCGGGACAACAUGUUCUCCCAGUUCACACAACUGAAGAGUCUGGACCUCCAGCAGAACGACAUCUCAAUGGUGGAAGACAGAGCGUUUAACGGGCUUUCAAAACUCAGGACGUUGCUUCUACAACACAACAAACUAAAAACGGCCACUGAGGAACUCUUGCUUCCCAUGCCCCGCCUUGCCUACCUCCGACUUUACGACAACCCCUGGAGCUGUCACUGCCCGUUGGACAGCCUGCUUAGGACGCUGCAGGUGACAACCAGGUGGAUGAGACUCAACCUAAACCACCCAUCAAAAACACAGUGGUCACAUCCAUGUGUCACACCUACAUGCUCCCUAAACCUGUACUGGACUGCAGCUACAAAGGUUUGAGUAACGUCCCGUCCGGGCUGCCUUCCGACAUCGUGAAGAUGGAUCUGUCCGGCAACAACAUCAAACAUCUCCGGCCCAAGCACUUCUUGCAGUCCAAAGACCUCAAGCUGCUCAACCUCAGCAGCACCAGCCUUAAC